AUGCGCCUUCCCGCCGCCCGCUUCCCCUUUCCCGCCGCCCGAUGCGCAUUCCCGCCGCCCGAUCCCCUUUUCCCGCCGCCUCCCUUUUCCCCUGUCCGUCGCCCGACCCCCCAUCCCGUCCUUCUCUCCCUUCCAUCCCUUCUCUCCCUUCCCUCCCUUCUCUCCCUUCCCUCCCUUCUCUCCCUUCCCUCCCUUCUCUCCCUUCCCUCCCUUCUCUCCCUUCCCUCCCUUCUCUCCCUUCCCUCCCUUCUCUCCCUUCCCUCCCUUCUCUCCCUUCCCUCCCUUCUCUCCCCCUUCCCUCCCUUCUCUCCCUUCCCUCCCUUCUCUCCCUUCCCUCCCUUCCCUCCUUUCCCUCCAAUCCCUCCCUUCUCUCCAGUCUCUCCCUUCCCUCCCUGUCUCCCUUCCCUCGCUUCCCUCCUUCCCGCCCUUCCCUCCCUUCUCUCCCUUCCCUCCCUUCUCUCCCCCCUUACCUUCUCUCCCUUUUCUCCCUUCCCUAUCAUCCGUCCUUGCAAUCUCCUGUCUCUCCCUUCUCUCCUUUCUCUCUCUUCUCUCCCGUCCCUCCCUUCCCUCCCUUCCCUCCCUUCCCUCCCUUCUCUCCAUUUUCUCCCUUCCCUCAUCCCGACUUCCAAUCUUCCGUCUCUCCCUUCCCUCCCUUCUCUCCCUCCUCUCCCAUCUCUCCUUUCCCUCCCUUUUCUUCCAUCCCUCGCUUCCCUCCUUCCCUCCCUUCUCUCCCUUCCCUCCCUUCUCUCCCCCCUUACCUUCUCUCCCUUUUCUCCCUUCCCUCUCAUCCCUCCAUGCAAUCUCCUGUCUCUCCUUUCUCUCCCUUCUCUCCCGUCCCUCCCGUCCCUCCCGUCCCUCCCGUCCCUCCCGUCCCUCCCGUCCCUCCCUUCCCCGCCCUUCUCUCCCUUCAAUACCUUCGCUCCCUUCCCGCCCUUCUCUCCCUUCAAUACCUUCGCUCCCUUCCCGCCCUUCUCUCCCUUCAAUACCUUCGCUCCCUUCCCGCCCUUCUCCUCCCCCCCACCGUAUCUCCGUUACCUUCCAUUUCAUCCCUACCCAUCCUCGUCUCUCCCUCCCGACAUCUCUCCUGCUUCUCCUUUCACUCCCUUUCAUCCCUUGCCUCCCUUGACUACCUUCCCUCCCUUCUCUCCCUUCGAUAGAAGUCUCUCCGUUCCCUCCUUUUCUCUCUCUUCUCUCCCGUGUCUCCCUUCCUCGCCCUUCACUCCCUUCCCUCCCUUCUCUCCCAUGUCUCCCUUCCUCGCCCUUCACUCCCUUCCCUCCCUUCUCUCCCUUCCCUCCCUUCUCUCCCUUCUCUCCCUUCUCUCCCUUCUCUCCCUUCUCUCCCUUCUCUCCCUUCUCUCCCUUCUCUCCCUUCUCUCCCUUCUCUCCCUUCUCUCCCUUCUCUCCCUUCUCUCCCUUCUCUCCCUGCCUUCCUGUCCCCCAUCCUUCCUUCCUUACGCACUCCUCCAGCCAUUCUCUCCUCUUGCAAUCCUCACUGCCAUCCUUCCCUUCCGCUAA